AUGGCUUAUUCAAAAAUAAUUGUGAUAUCAUUAUUGACGUUAUUAUUCGCUUCUGUUUUUUUCCAAUCUUUUGAAGCUAAAUUUUAUGUACUGAUAAAAAGAGACGAAUUAAUUGCGAAUUUCAAGCGUAUUUUUGCUCCGAGCUCGGAUGAAUCAGUGACGACUUGGACUGGAACAGAAAUUAAGCCUAAAUAUAUUUUUCGACCUGAAUCUCUCGAAGACAUUAAAGAUAUCGUAAGAAAUGCGGACGAAGGUGGCAAAAAGAUUCGAUGUAUUGGUACUCAAAUCAAAACCAUCGAACAAGCACUAUUGAAAAACAAUCCGCCUUUGACUUUCGAAUCAAUGACCUAUCAGAAUAUGUUUAGUGCUUCUGGAGUUGUUGCAGUUGGUUGUCAUGGUGCCAAAACCGGAGGUCCAAGUGUUUCUGAUUUAGUUGUCAAACUGCAAAUAGUUACUGGUGAUGGUAAAUUAAAAGAGUUUUCUAAUGAGGAAGAUUCAGAAGAAAUGAAUGUAGCGCGAUUAAAUCUAGGUCUACUCGGUGUUAUCUAUUCCAUUACUUUUCGCGUCGAGCCACUUUUUAACCUACAUGCAUAUGAUAUUAUACUCCCAUUAAAAAGCUGGCUCAAACCUGAAAACAUCAAAGAAAAGUUUGAUCAUUCCGAUUCUCUGAUUGUUAUAUAUUUGCCAUUUAAUCAAGGUAAAAGCGAUACUUCUAAUGACGAGAUCCGGAUAAAACAAUUUAAUCCUGAGCUCACCCCGAUUGUAAAAGGAUUACAAUGGGAAACAUUAAAAAAAUCAAUAAAAAAUCUCACUUUAAUUGCUACCGAAGCCUUGCAUUAUCGAUCUAAUAUAGAGUCCGUUCAAGGCCAUGAUGUAUCGUUUGCGCUUAAAGCCGAUCCGGAUUUCACGAAUGUCGCAACUGAAUUUUCGUUUCUUAUAAACAAAAUCGCGGAAUACGCGGAACAAGGCAAAUUUCCAAUCAACGUUUACACGUUAAUUAGAAUGAUACGGGCUUCUUCUGCUUUAUUGUCACCCGUAUAUGACAACGAUCCGAAUGCAAUUUAUUGUUUCCUGGAGUUCAGCUCAUUGAAGGGCACUCGUCAUUAUCCAGAAUUCUUCAAGGAAAUAACCGCACGAUGGAUUAGCAAGUAUCAAACUAGUCCACAUUGGGCUAAAGAUUGGGAAUCUGCGCCGGGUGUUAAAGAAUUCCUUCACACAAAAUUAAGCGAUCGUCUUGCGAGGUUUGAAAAAAUUCGUGCUAAAUAUGAUCCUAAAAAAAAGUUUUUCGACAACGAAACAUUGAAAAAAGUGUUUAAUGGAUAG